AUGACAGACACGGUGGCGCCUGUCGUGGUGACGUUAUCUGCAGCCAGCACAGAAAGAGUGGUCCAGGGCCUGAGACCAGGAACACAAUAUAGCGUCACAUUGAAGGUGUUCCAGUUCUACUACGUGAUGUGUUUGGAUACAAACGUGUCGUCAACAGCGCCGCGUUACUACCUGCUCGUGGAGUCGAUUAAGACAGGAGAACGUUUCAAUUUCACCCACACCAAUCUGAGCGCUGUAGUCACAAACUUACAGCCAUCAACCGCCUACAACUGUUCCGUCUUCACCGCAAACUCCGCUGGACUCGGAGCGAGUAGCAGAGUGAGAACCAUCUCUACCUUGAUACAACCCCCAGCGAGUUGCUCCGCGGUGCAGACUGGAAAGCGGUCAGCUCUUGUCAGCUGGCAGCCUGUGAACAAGGUUCUGGUAUAUGAAGUGAGAAUCACGAAUGCGGCUACAAACGUCACAUCUGUGUCAAACGUGACGGCAACCCAACUGGACUUACAGAACAUACUGCCAUGUUCAUCCUAUCGGAUAGCAAUAUCAUCCUACAAUGCCUUCUUGGAUCCAGGAGAACCUACAAAUUGUGUUUACACCACAAACAAACUAAGCCCAGUGACGUCCAUAUCGGUGGACUACAGCUGUUCCACCAGCUCGGCUUCGGUCUCGUGGGAUGGAGUGUUCGCCGCGGACUCCUACAAGGCGGAGGCAGUGGAGAGCAACGGGACGGUGCUGUCCUGCACAACGCAGGGCACGAGCUGUCAGAUCGCGGGCCUGGGAUGUGGACAGAGCUAUGUGGUGCACGUGAUUGCCUUGUCGGACAGCUGCGAAAGCACGGCAAACGCCACCACUACCUUUAGUACAGUACCCUGUUCCCCCAAGAAUCUCACACUGUACCGAGAGUGCGCCAGCAACGUGAUCAUCUUCUCCUGGGCGCCCACCAACCACACCUCCUUCUACCUGGCCAGGGCUGUGGACUCCCAGGGCAGGACGAUGGACUGCAUGACCAAAGACACCUCCUGCUUCUUCACAGAGACCGUCUGUGGGCGGCAUUACUCCUUCUCAGUGUACUCUGUCAGCGGGGACUGCAACGGCCAGACCAGCUCGGCUGUUUCUGUCAACACCGCGCCUUGCAUGCCGAAGAACGUGAUCACCUCGGCCAACUGUGCGUCGGACGUCCUCACCAGCUCGUGGGACCCUGCGGACGGCGCGCUGUCGUACACGGUGGAAGCUUGGGGGAACAACAACGACCUCAACCGCUACAACUGCAGCUCCGUCGACAGCAGCUGCCUCAUCCGGAACGUUCUCUGCGGAGAGAGUCUUACCGUCCACAUCACGGCUUUCGACGACGAGUGCCCCAGCUACAGAACGCUGGGACAGGUGGCCGAAACCGUACCUUGCGCUCCUAAGAACGUGUCAGCAGCGAUGGAUUGCGGCGCCGACUCCAUCACCCUGACCUGGCCCACCGCCUCCGGCGCCGUGUUCUACAUCGCCACGGCGAUGGAUGAAGCCGGCGAGAUCCGCACCUGCAACGCGGUGGGAAACGAGUGCAAGAUCAAUGGCCUGCAAUGCAGCUCCAACUACACUGCCUUUGUCAUCUCCACCAACCUCCAGUGUAACAGUUCAAAGAGUAAAAUAGUGUCUGUGGAAACAGCCCCAUGUCCACCGAGCCUGAUGGAGGCCACGCUGAACUGCACAGCCAACAGCGCUCUGAUCGUGUGGCGGGGCGACCACAACAUGGCAUCCUACACGACCACCAUGGUGGACGCUUCCGGAAGCCUCCUCAGCUGCAGCACCACCGGCAACAACUGCACCGUCACCAGCCUAAAGUGUGGCCAGCUUUACGCCGUCACCGUGGCGCACCACGACGGCAUCUGCCCCAGCAUGCCCUCCAAGCCCGUGUUCAUGGAGUCAGUGCCUUGCGGCCCAGCGAAUGUGCAAACCAGAGUGAACUGUCUUUCCGGAACCUUCGCGGUGAGCUGGAACGCGUCCAAACGCGCGGAAGCCUACUCCGCCGUCAUCGCCGACGGCAACGGCCAGCGCAAGUACUGCAACACCACCCAGACCAACUGCACGGUCAACACCCUGACAUGUGGGAAGGAAUACACGGUGACGGUUAUGUCCGUAAACGGCACCUGCGUCAGCAUGCCCAGCAAGCCCGUCUCAGUCAGGGAGGUGCCGUGCGUGCCCACUAACGUGACGGCCAAGCGCACCUGCGGCGCCAGCUCAGUGGCGGUGUCGUGGGCGGGCGCCCUUGGGGCCGCAAACUUCACCGCGGUGGCGCUUGGCGGGAGCGGUCACAGGGCCGAGUGCUCCUCCAACCUCACGUCCUGCGUCAUGGCCGACCUGCGGUGCGGCGAGGUGUACAACGUCAGCGUGAUGGCCGUGGACGCCACCUGCUCCAGUCUGAUGAGCAGAGCGGUCGCCCUGGCGACAGUCCCUUGCCCUCCCACACAUGUCACUGCCUGGGUGGACUGUCCCACGAACACGGCCUCCCUCACCUGGGACGCCAGCCCCAACGCUGCGACCUACACUGCCAAGGCGGUGGGCACGGACGGCCACAGCGUUUCCUGUGCCAGUGCCACCCCUGGCUGCCAGCUUGCCGGCCUACACUGUGGCCAGGCCUACGUCUUCACCGCCGCCGCUUCUGACGGCAGCUGUGCCAGCCCCGACAGCAUGCCGAUCACUCAGCAGUCUGCACCCUGCGCCCCACACAGUGUGACGAACAGCCUCAACUGUAGCAGCAACAUCCUGAGGGUCAGCUGGGGACCGGACUCCGUUCCCCUGAACUACAGCGCCACCGCGCUGUCUGGGAAUGGUACUGCACUGUCCUGCACCACCACGAACACCAGCUGUGAGGUGAAGGGGCUCCAGUGUGGGCAGCAGUACAGCGUCACGGUAAAAGCAAGCAACAGCAACUGGCCCUGUAUGCCCACUAACCUGCAGGGGCACGUGGACUGUUCCUCCAACACUCUGCUGGCGUCCUGGGGCUCUGCCCCCGGGGCUCUGACCUACACGUCCAUGCUGACCAGCUCAGACGGCCUCUCCACCCCCUGCUCUUCCUCCAACCCCUCCUGCUCCUUCCCCGGCCUGAAGUGUUCUCAGAAGUACAGCCUUCGCGUGUUCGCCGGCAACAGCCAGUGUAACAGCUCCACCAGCGCUAGCCUCAACGUGACGGCCGCACCCUGCGACCCCAAGAACGUUACAGCCCGUCUGCAGUGCGUCUCUGGCGCGGUGUCCGUGUCCUGGGCGGAGAGUGCCGGGGCCAAGGCCUACACGGCGGUUGCUCAGCUCAACGGGAGCAACGUCGAUUCCUGUACCUCUGUCUCGACUUCCUGUGACCUCAGCCAGCUAAGAUGUGGGAAUAAAUACACAGUAAUAGUGCUGGCUGGAGAUGGGACCUGCAACAGCUCCACUCUGGCCUCAACCACUGUACAAACAGCCCCCUGCCCUCCCGUCAUCCAGAACCGCACCCUGGACUGUUCCACCAACCGUGCGUCUGUGUCCUGGGCUCUGAGUAAGGACGCCGUGGGGGUCCUCAUCAACGUCACCUCCGCCUCGGGCCACUCUGCAUCCUGCCAGUCCAACAGCACUUCCUGCGUGCUCACAACCCUGCUGUGCGGACAGAACUACACCGCGCAGGGCUUUUCUCUGGGAAGCCAGUGCAACAGCAAACCCAGUGAUGCGUUCCAGAUUGUCACAGCCCCCUGUACCCCAGCUAAUGUCAAGGCCCAGUACACGUGUGGCUCCAGUAAAGCUGUGUUGAGCUGGGACGAAACCCUGGGAAGGGACAGUUUCUACGUGCUGGUGACGUCUGGGAACCAGUCGGACUCCUGCAGGACAGCGGGGACACAGUGCUCCCUGAGCGCCCUCAGGUGUGGUCAGCUGUACAACGCCACAGUGUACGCCGUCUCUGGACUCUGCAACAGCAGCCAGCCAGGGACCACCCAGAUACAGACAGCCCCCUGCGCCCCCCAGAACGUCAGCGCGUCUCUGGUGUGUGCCAACAACACGGCGGGCGUUACCUGGCUCUCCAGCCCUGGCGCCGUGGGGUACAACGUGCUCGCCGUCGGCAGGGACGGAGACAACAAGACCUGCGCAACGAACGGCACCAGCUGCAACCUCAGCGGCAUGCUGUGCGACAAGACCUACAACGUCACCGUCACGCCCUUCUCCAGGGCCUGCGAAGGCUUCCAGAGCGCUGCGUUCAUCUUUACCACAGGUCCCUGCCCUCGUCCUGCAGUGCAGGUGUCUCUGAAAUGCACAGGUAACGUGGGCUCUGUGUCCUGGACCCCCGGCCCGGUGGGUGAGCUCUACGUUGCCACGGCGACGGGAAACCAAGGCCACGCCUACAACUGCUCCACGGACGGGACCGGCUGUUCCUUCGGUGGCCUGAACUGUGGAGAGACCUACAGCGUCUCCGUGGUGACCGUGAAGCUGGGCUGCAGGAGCGAGCCCAGCGCGCCGGUCGCUCUCGGGGCAGCAAUCUGUCCUCCCACCAACCUGGCUGGAGUGACAGCCUGCAGCACCAACAACCUGAACAUCACCUGGACCCAGAGCCCCGCCUCCUCAGCCGUCACCUACUUCCUGUACUCCCAGAAACAAGGAGGAGUCAAUGCGACCUCCACCACCACGGCUGGGACAUCCCAGCUCUUCUCUGGGCUGCACUGUGGCGAGCACUUCACCUUCAGAGUGUCUGUCCAGGACUCCAGGUGUACCAGUGGGCUCAGUCCAGCCAUAGAGAUAGACACAGCUCCCUGCGCACCCACCAACCUCACGGCGCAGUCUAAAUGCGGCACCACCAAGACUGCCCUCACCUGGAACCCGAGCGCCGGCGCGGUGGCUUACGUCGCCACGGUGACGGGCCCUAACGGGCGCUUGGCUUUCUGCGUGUCGAACACCUCCUCCUGCUCCGUGGAGCUGGACUGUGGGCUCACCUACUCGGCUGCUGUGGCGGCGUCCACCUCCACCUGCAACAGCACCGUGGCCCCCAGCGUCCAGUUUGACUCUGCCCGCUGUCUGCCCAGUAACGUGACGGCCCAGCUGCCCAGCUGCACGGCCAACUCCUUUGCUCUCAAGUGGCAGGCCAGCCCUGGCAACCCUUCCAGCUACACCGGCCUGGCCAUCGGCAGCGACGGCUCCCGCUCCACCUGCAACACCAGCCUCACGGCCUGCACCAUCCAAAACCUGCGCUGUGGCACCACCUACAGCCUCGCCGUGACAACCUCCUCCUCCUCCGCCAGCUGUGGCACCAUCGACGACACGGACUACAAGGUCCAAUCAGCCCCCUGUAAGCCAACGAGCCCAGCCGUGAGCCUUGAGUGCAGCAGCAACGCAGCGCUGGUGACGUGGCAGAACGCCGGGCCAGACCAGCUCCACGUGGUCUCGGCCAUGGACCGCCUGGGCCGUAGCAAGACCUGCAACAGCACCGGCUCCAACUGCACCUUCACACAGCUGGGCUGUGGGGAAGCGUUCACCCUCAGCGUAGUGGGGAAGACCCAGACCUGUACGAGCGAACCCAGCACCACCAUGAACCUGCUCACAGCCCCCUGCGUCCCCACUCUGGUCACAGCCGACGUGGACUGCGAGAACGGCAUCACCAUGGUGACCUGGGACCAGGCCCGCGGCGCGCUCCGCUACACGGUGCUGGCGGUGGCUAACGGCGGCGGCCACAACGACACGUGCACCAACACAGACACUAUCUGCACCUUCUUCAACCUGCGGUGUGGCCAGGUGUACACCAUCACGGUGCUGGCCCACCACGACAGCUGUGGGAGUCUGGCGAGUCAACCAAUCAAGGCGAGCACAGGGCCCUGCCCCCACUCUGGCCUCCAGGCCUCCUUUGACUGCAGCACCAACACGGCCGUCCUCUCCUGGACCCCCGGCCAAGGCAUCCUGUCUUACAACGGCACGGCCAAGGAGUUGAGCAUCCCCCACCUGAGGACCUGCGCCACCACCGGAUCCUCCUGCAACAUCAGCGGCCUGCUGUGCGGGGAGAAUUACAGGCUUAGCGUCAGAGGGGAGGGGCUUAAGUGUGUGAGCCCCGCCCUCGAGUGGCUCUCUAUAAACACAGCGCCUUGCCCCCCUACCCAGCUCAAGGUCCUGUCCUCGUGUGACUCCAACACCAUCUCAGUCUCCUGGGUGGCAUCCCAGGGCUCGCUCUCAUACAUGGCGGUUGCCGAGUGCAUCCAGGGCCAAAAACUGACCUGCAACACCACCAGCGCGACAUGUAACAUCACAGGACUGCUGUGUGGACAAGAGUACAAGGUCUACGUCGUCGGUUUGGACGACGGCUGCACCGGGGCCAAGAGUAACAUCUAUGUCCUCCACACAGCCCCCUGUGUGCCGGCGAACGUGCAGAGCCAGAUGAACUGUCGGGCCGCGGUGCUCAACGUCACCUGGCAGCAGAGCGGCCAGACGCAGCUCUUCCACACCAGCGUGCAGAGCAGCGCCGGGAGGCGGAGCAGCUGCGCUCGGGCCACACUCAGCUGCGUGGUCCCAGACGUGCAGUGCGGUCUCAACUACACCGUGGCGGUGCUGGCCUCCUACGAGUCCUGCAACAGCUCCCAGAGUGCCUUGCAGCAAGUCCUGGCAGCUCCGUGUCCUCCGGACUCGGUGAAGGUCGUGGUCAACUGCUCCACCAGCGUCGCCGCGGUGACGUGGAACAACAGCGUCGCGGGGGUUCUGUACACGGCCACGGCCGUCUCCCGUGACGGUCAUCAGCUCUUCGCCUGCAGCGCCACGCAAACCGGCUGUAACCUUAGAAACCUGACGUGCGGGACCGAGUACAACGUCACCGUCACCCCGUCAAGAGGGGGCUGUGUGGGGGCAGACAGCCCGGUCCACCGCAUCAGAACAGCUCCCUGCAUCCCCCGCGUCACCCAGGUGGAAGCGGACUGUCUCUCCGACUCGGCCUGGGUGAUCUGGGAGCACGCCGCCGGGGCGGGGCUCUACGUCGCCAUGGCGACCGACCGGCUUGGGACGACCUACGCGUGCAACACCACCGACAGCUCGUGCGCGGUGCCAGAGCUGCCGUGCGGGCAGAACUUCACCUUCAGCGUCACGGCCACCGACCAUCAGUGUUCCAGCGCGCCGAGUAACGCCGUGGUGUCUGAAACCGCGCCCUGCCCUCCUCAGGACGUGGAAGCAGACAUGAGCUGUGAGAACGGCUCGGUGGCGAUAUCGUGGGCGGCCAGCACGGGCGCCGUGGCCUAUACCGCCACGCUGGAGCGCACCGAUGGAGAGACCACCUGCUGCUCCGCCCGUGGGACGCACUGUGACAUCACAGGCCUCCCGUGUGGAGAGAUGUACGUGCUGAUCGUGACCGCCGAGGGGCGCACCUGCAACAGCUCCGAGAGCAUCGGCAACAUCGUCCGAACCGCGCCAUGCACCCCCCAGAAGCUAGAGGGCAGUGUGAGCUGCAGAGACAACGUGGCCAGCAUGAACUGGACCAGCAGCCGCGGGGGCCAGCUGUACACCGUGAGCGCCGUGGGGACUGACGGACAUGCGGACAAGUGCUCGUCCUUUGAAAACACGUGUGACCUCACCGGCCUGCGCUGUGGGCAACACUACACCGCCGCCGUAGUGGCCAACGACAGCACGUGCAACAGCCCUCCGAGCAACAAGGUGGACCUCAGAACAGUUCCCUGCAUGCCGGACACCGUGUCCGCCACGGUCAGUUGCCAGGACAACUCCCUCAAGGUGUCUUGGUCGGAGAGCCGGGGAGCCGACUCCUUCACGGCGAGCGUGGAGGACGGCGGCGGCAGCGGCACCACCUGCCAGGCCAUGUCCGCAGGCUUCUGCAACGUCAGUGGGCUGAGCUGCGGACAGCUCUACCACGUCAGCGUGGUCGCUUCCGACGGAUACUGCAACAGCCCGCCCACCGAGUCUGUGGUCGCACCCUCAGUCCCCUGUCAACCGACUCAGAUCCGAGCUGUGAUGGACUGUGAGAGCCGUGUAGGCAUGUUGACCUGGCAUAUGAGCUCCGGAGCUGUGUCCUAUAGAGCCACGGCCAUUACUAGGUUUGGCCAAUCGGUGACCUGCGACACCAACAACACCCACUGUUAUCUCGACGAUCUCUCCUGUGGGGAGGAAUACUCUGUGUCUGUCGAGGCCCGGGGGGAGAACUGCAGCAGCGUGGGUCACAUGACAGGAACACUCAUCACUGAACCCUGCGUCCCUCUUAACCCCUCCUACACGUACGGCCUGAACAUCGCCCAGUUGAGCUGGGACGGUAGCAAGGGGGCCACCUCGUACAGCGCCGAUGCGGUGACCGACCAAGGCAUGUCGUACUCCUGCCAGACCAGAGACACCUACUGCGCCCUGCAGGACAUGGCCUGCGGCCAGGUGUACAACGUCUCCAUCACCGCUAGCAACCAGGUCUGCCAGGGCGGGGCUACUUCUGCUUCAGUCAGUCUGACCACAGAACCCUGCCCGCCCAAAAACGUCAAGGCGCGCCUGCACUGCGGGACGGACAUGGCCACGAUGUCAUGGGAGGAGAGCAGGGGCGCCGUGGGAUACGUGGCGAAAAUGGAAGGACGCCGAGACGGCUCCCUACUGUACUGCAUCACGACCGGAACCUUCUGCAACGUGACGGGCCUCCGCUGCGGCUCCAGUCACUUGGUCACGGUCUUCGCGCUGGGAGAGAGCCUCAACAGCACCAACUCUGCCACAAUCCUACUGGACUCAGCUCCCUGCGUGCCCACCGGCGUUCAGGCGCACGUGAACUGUGCUAACGACAGCGCCGCAGUCACAUGGGCAUUCAGCAACGGCGCCGACUCCUACAAGCUAACGGCCACGACGGGCGACGGUUUCCAAGCGUCCUGCGCGACGACGGAGAACCACUGCAACUUGACCGGGCUAGCCUGCGGUCGGAGUUACAACCUCAGUCUGACGUCUGUCAACCAAAACUGCCAGGUGGAGACGGGAGUCAGCUUCAGCACACGACCCUGCGCCCCCCUGAGUGUGAAUGUGGAUUUUUUGUGCGGAAACAAUACAGCCUCCUUGUCCUGGAAAAAGACAGAGGGGGUGCAGCUCUACCAGGCUAGCGCCACCCCUAGUCUGGGAGGACCGGUCAGGUACUGCAACACCACCGGCUCCUCCUGCAAGUUCCCUGGGCUGGACUGUGGGAAGACCUACAGGUUCACCGUGACGGCCUACAACAGCCUGUGUCAGAGCGAGAGCAGCAACAGCGUGGAGGUCAAGACAGCACCGUGUCAGCCAGGCCAGCUGGUGGCCGAGGGCUCCUGCAGUAACGAGACGGUGUGUCUGGGCUGGGCGGCGGCCAGAGGGGCGUCCGUCUACGUGCUGACGGCCGCGGGGGACCUGGGAUACUUCACGGCCCUGCAGACCAACGACACGGCCCUGGACGUGGUGCUUCCCUGCGGACAGACCUACAGCUUCACGGUCACGGCCGAGGACGAGAGCUGUGGUAGCCCGGCCAGCAGCACAGCCCACUUCAAGACUGCCCCUUGCGUCCCGUACGGCCUGACGACCUACAUCCAGUGUGAGGCCAGCCUGGGAGCCGUCAGCUGGAGUCCCAGCGACGGCGCCGAGUCCUACAUGGCGGUCGCCGUGGGAACGGACGGCCUACCCCACAUGUGCACCACCAACUCUAACACUUGCACCUGGGACAACCUGCUGUGCGGGGACCUGUACGUGAUCCAGGUCAUCGCCAACGAUCACCUGUGUAGCAGCUCUCCCAGCAACAGCACCAGCAUACAUACAGCUCCUUGCGUGCCCCAGAACCUGACGUCAUCGAUAAACUGUGCCACGAAGGUGACCACCCUCCAGUGGCUCCCUGGCCAUGGAGCCCAGCUCUACGUGGCGACUGCAGAGGCCAGUGACGGCCACCAGGUGGCGCAGAGCACCAACCACACCCAUGCCGACUUCUCAGAGUUGACCUGCGGCCAGAGUUACUCCCUGUCAGUCCAAGCGGUGGAUGCGGUGUGUAGAAGCGUCUUCAGCCUGCCUGCGCAUCAGGAUACAGAACCCUGCCCCCCCACCUCCGUCUCCAGCGUCAUGGACUGCCAGACCAACAUCGCCGUGGUGUCGUGGGGGGCGUCUCCGAUGGCAGAUUACUACACGGCCACCAUCAAGCGCAGCUACGGCCAGACCGACACCUGCCUGUCCGGCACCCUCGAGUGUGGCACGUCCCAGAUGACCUGCGGACAGAACUACACCGUCACCGUCACCGCCUCCAGACAUCUGUGCCAGUCGGACCCCAGCCUGGAGAACAAGCUCCACUCAGUGCCCUGCGUCCCGACAAACGUCGUGGCCGUGAUCAACUGCUCGGACAACACGGCCCGAGUGUCGUGGAACGCCAGCGAGGGGGCGCUGUUCUACGUGGCCACGGCGAAAAGCACGCAGGGCGGCCUGUCGACGUGCGAGAGCGCACAACACGGCUGCACCCUGACCAACCUCACCUGUGGAGCGCUCUACUCCGUCAGCGUGGUGGCGAGGGACAGCAACUGCGGCAGCCUGCCUAGCCAAUCAGCAGAGCUUCAGACAGUCCCCUGCACCCCACAGAUCGAAGACAUUGUCCUGGACUGCUUCCUGGACUCAGCCCAGGUGGCAUGGUCCCAUGCCGCGGGGAGCCUGUCCUACACAGUCUCGGCCACCGGGGGCGCUGCCAAGUCAUCCUGCCACACCAACAACACCACCUGUGAGCUGCUGGACCUGACCUGUGGCCGGGCGUUCACGGUCAGCAUGGUGGGCUCCGACGGACAGUGCGACAGCUUCCGUAGCUCCAGCCGGGAAAUGACAUCAGUCCCCUGCCCCCCCGAGCACGUGGCGAUCUCCUUGGACUGCUCUGCCAACUCGGCCCUGGUGGCAUGGCAGCCCAGCCAGGGGGCGGAGUCGUACAGGGUCCAGGCCGUCGGCGUGCAGGAGCACGAGACGGGCUGCGAGACCACCCAGCACUCCUGCCACAUCCCCGACCUCCUGUGCGGCUUCACCUACAACAUCAGCGUGGUCGCACUCAACAGAGAGUGCAACGUGUCGGAGAGUAACGUGACCCAGCUGCAGUCAGUGCCUUGUGUACCUAACCACGUGCAAGCCACUACAAACUGUGCGUCCAACGUCGUGUCUCUCUCCUGGGAGCCUAGCAACGGUGCCACCUUCUACACGGCGGUGGCGUCCGGCAACGGAGGCAACAAGCUGUCGUGCGACACGAACGGCACGGUGUGCGAGUUCACCAAUCAGCAGUGCGGCGUGUCGUACGACGUCACCGUGAGCGCCUCCGACCACGCGUGUGCCAGCGCCAACAGCACGGCGCUGCACGUGAACACAGUGCCUUGCAAGCUCCAGAAUGUCACCGCCAAGAUGGAAUGCAACAACAACACUGGCCUGGUGUCAUGGGAACGAGGAGUGGGUGUGACCUCAUACCGGGUGAGCGCGUUCGGACCGGACGGCCACCAAGUCCAAUGUGCCAGCAACGCCACCAGCUGCCGGCUACCCGGCAUGCACUGCGGCCAGCUGUACAACGUGACGGUCGCCGCUCAGGAUGGGACCUGCAACAGCAGCAGCACAUUCCUCACCCUGAAGUCCGUGCCCUGUAACCCCACCAGCGUGAAGGCCGCUCUGCUGUGCCAGCCCAACGCGGUGGCGGUGACGUGGGAGCAGGCCAGCGGUGCUGCCUGGUACCAGGCGGUGGGCGUCGCAGCCGACGGGCGCACCCAGGCCACGUGCAACAACAGCCUGACGUUCUGUGACCUGACCGGCCUGGCCUGUGGACAGACCUACAACGUGACUGUGUUUGCCAAGGACGAGGCGUGCAGUAGCGUGCCGAGUAGCAGGGCCAGCUCCAGAACAGCUCCCUGCCCUCCCCAGAACGUGACGGCAAACGUCCGCUGUUCCCAGCGCUCCGUGGUCGUCUCGUGGGCGCCCAACCCCGACGCCGACUCCUUCCACGCCGUGGCCCUGGCCGGCAACGGGGCGAUCCUGUCGUGCAACACCACAGGCACCACCUGCACGAUUCUAAACCUGCUCGACGGACACGACUACAACGUCAGUGUGGCCUCCAUCAGGGGCGACUGCGAGGGCAGAUGUAGCCUCCCGAUCCAAGUCUCCACAGCUCCUCUGCCACCCACCAGGCUAGAAGGGAGUCUGGACUGUGUGACCAACUCAGCCUGGAUGACAUGGCAGCCGUCGAGCGGCGCUCAGACCUACACAGUGACGGCGGUCGGGAGCAACCAUCAAAACCUCUCCUGCACCACCUCCACCCUCACGUGUAACAUUCCCGACUUGGCCUGCGGCACCAACUACACCUUCAGCGUGAUCGCGUCCAACGCUUUCUGCAACAGCACGCCGAGCGGCUCCGUCCACUUUGAAACGGGUCCCUGUGCCCUCACCCACAUCACCGUCCACACCCAGUGCAACAGCAGCACCAUCCUGGUGGGCUGGGAGGCUACAGAAAACACUCCGCUGUACCUGGUGACGGCCGAGGGCCAGGAUCGCACCCUCAUCUCCUGCAACAGCACCUCCAGCUCCUGCCUGCUCGCCGGCGUCCUCUGCGGCAUGCAGUACACCAUCAUCGUGUCGGCGUCCUCGGACAAGUGCAGCAGCCUGAGGAGCCCGCCGCAGAAGGUCGUCACAGCGCCCUGCACCCCCAAGAAUGUGUCCAUCGUGCCUACGUGCCAGGACAACGGCGUGACAGUGUCCUGGCCUCGCUCCGAGGUGGCCACGUCCUACCUGCUGACCGCCACGGGCCGAGACGGCGACCUGCGCACCUGCAACACCUCAGUCAACAACUGCAGCCUUGGCGCUCUGCACUGCGGCCAGCCCUACAGCUUCAGCGUGACCGCCAGCACCGUCAACUGCACCAGCCAGCCCAGCACCGCCGUCACUUACAGGACAGUACCCUGCUCCCCGACUGGCCUGCGUGUGGACUCCCAAUGCGAGACCAACUCUGCCGUGCUGUCGUGGAACGCCACUGAGGGGGCGGUGGAGUACUACGUCCGCGCCACGUGUGACGCCGGCAGCGUGCUGUACUGCAACAGCAACGCCACAUCGUGCACCAUCGGGGGCCUGGGGUGUGGAGCCGUGUACAACUACUCCGUGCAGGCCUCUGACAGAGCCUGCAACAGCUCCCUCAGCAAACCCCUGCCUGCUGGAGCAGUCCCGUGUCCCCCUGCCACAGUCAAGAACAAGGUGCAGCUCAUUGGCCAGAACUUUGUGGCUCGUGUGUCCUGGAGUGCUGUCAUCUGCCCCAACGUCACAUACCUGGUGGAGGUGACAGGGCAUAUCCAAGACGACCCACAGGCCCUGUUGACGGUCUCCUCCUAUUGGACAGAGACCCAGUACUUUGAGAUUCCACUGCCCUGCAGCACAUCCUUCAAUCUCACCGUCCGCUCCAGGAACUCUGCCGGCGAGAGCAAGCGCUCGACUGCUGUUGGGGGGAUCACAGGUCCCUGCCCUCCUCCUGCUGUCGAAUUCAGGGGUGACAACCAGUCCUCUGUGUUGUCCUGGGGGGCGUCCGUGUUGGCCGUCAACUACACCGUUUACGUGACCGCCCCAAAACGAACACAGGUGUGCGUCACCCCAAAGCUCUCCUGCAACCUGACCAACGUCAGCCCGAACGUCGUCGAGGUGACGGCCAGCAACGCGGCAGGAGAAAGUCUCCCAUCUAAAGUCACGGCAUUAAAUCGCCGUAGGAGAGAUCUAAGGGAGAGCGAAAUGUUUGCUGAAAUACAUCAGAGCGAGGAGCUGUCGGUCCCUGAGGUGCAGGUUACCACGGUAACAGGCGUGUCCCUGUAUGUGGAGUGGGGGCCGGUCAGGGGCGCUACGCACUACACCCUCGUGGUCAAAGAAGACAUUCCCACCAGGCCACAUCGCGAGGUGAUGGCCGUCUACAGCGAGUUUUCCGUUGUGAACGACCUAAAACCCUCCACCAGAUACUGCAUCCUCCUGUCAGCCAAGAACGCUCGCACACAGAGUUCAUACUCCACGCCUCAGUGUGUCACUACCGGCGUUCCUCUGUAAAAGGCUUCUACCUUAACGAACAUUACGACACGAAAAUCUGUGACUUUCUCCUGUCAUGGAGGUGCACUCCAACUGAAAUGGCUUGGAGACGAUAACAAGUCACUGAUUUGAUAUAAAAGCGUUUAAAUGAAAUCAUAACGAUAUUUUUUUUAUUUUGCUAUAGAUUAUUUCACAGAAGCUAUGUUUUUAAUUCUGUUGAAAGCCAUCAUGUAACGUUUAGGAUAUUGCAUACAUCUGAAAUGUUUGAUUUAACCAGAUGAGUAUCUACUGAUUAAGCUAAACAAUCUUUAAUUCACUGCUAGAAUUAGAUUUAAUUUCCUUCAUUGUGGUUGAUAAGAUAGCAGCAUGUAUCAUAUUAUUGUGUAGUUCUUUCCAAAAGUAUUGCUACAAUUGUUCUGUAGGCUAUUUAUCCUAAAUGGUAAUAUUUUUGAGAUGGGCAACCAGAUUAUUUCUGCUACCAAUAUACACAUUUUAGAUUCUUCUGCUGAUUUAAAUCAAAUUAUGUACACAAAGUAUUAGAUCUAGAGAAAAUAAAUGGUAAUUUAUCAAGCAAUAUUUUUUUAACCAUACAGUAUAUUUUCUAUCUGAUGUACUAUAUGUUCUGUCUCGUUUUGUGAACACUUUACAAAAGCUCUUCUUUAUUGAGCCCAAACAUGGAAGGAAUAAAAAUCUGUGAAACAUAAAAAAAAGUUAUUUCUCCAUGAAGAACUUUA